AAGAAUAUUCAUUCAGUUAGUAGCGCUCAGUGGCAGUGGACGGUGUGUGGAAUGCUCCUCCUCUGGACCCCUUCUGUGGACCUGAUUAGUGAGCCUCGCUCGAGGAGAAACACAGUGACACAGUGUUAUUAAAUACCUACCACAAUGUUGACUUCGAGUGGGAGUCAAUACCUUAGACCGGAGUAUCUCAACCCCAUACAGGGACACUCAAUUGAGCUGGAUGCUAAGAAGUCUCCUCUCGCCUUGUUGGCGCAAACGUGUUCAUCUAUUGGCGCUGAUCUUUCCCAGAAGGGCACUAUUCCUCCCGUAGAGAAGAGUAGCAGUAAGGGCAAGUCGUCUCCGGGCACUAAGUCUCCGGGCACUGCACUCGCCAUUUCACCCUCGGACGAUACUAAAACGACCACUACUUCGUCCUUUAAGCCUUACGAGAAGAAGGAGGACGACGACCGAGUAAGUCCUAAGAGAACGUCCCCCAGUGCGCGGUCGCCCGCCGGGAGCCAACCCAGCGCAGAACGUUCUUCGUCGAGAAGUAGCGAGAGUGGGCGGUCUUCGUCACGCCCGCGAGAACCAGCCACCUCGUCAGCGUCGUCGCUCUCGCCGCGAAUCGCCUCCCCCGUCACGCCAAAGACUUCCUCGUCACUAUCUCACACAUUCUCAGCCCUGGGAGAUCUAAGCAAGGAUCCCCUAGCAGCGUACAAGUUAGCCCCAAGCCUCUACCCUCACCUGGCACUUGGCCUCGACCCUCUGGGCGCAGCGGGACUCUCAGCGCUCACAGCCAAGGUUCCUACGAGUACAGCGGCUGCACUCUCUAGCCCUUAUAUCGGCUACGCCAGAGUGAAGACGAGCAGCGGGAGCGAGACUGUGGUGCCGGUGUGCAGGGACCCAUAUUGCACAGGCUGUCAGAUCAACGCUCACGCCGCUCAGGUGGUCAACGGUACCUGUCCGCCGGGGUGUACACAGUGCGCGCAGAUCUCCGCCUAUACCAAGAACCUCGCUGCCCUGCCCGGUCUCCUACCAACACUGCCAGCCUCCUCAUUGAGUGGACUGUACCCUCCGCCCGGGCUGGUGGGGGGCACCCAUCACCCUUACGUGUGUAACUGGAUAGCGGGCGACACCUACUGCGGGAAGCGCUUCUCCACCUCGGAGGACCUGCUCCAGCACCUGAGGACACACACCAACCUCUCCAGCUCAGAGUCGAGCCUCUCCCUACACGCCCUGCACCACCCGCUACUGGCUGGCCACCUGCCCCGCGGCUACCCCACCCCGCCUCUCUCACCGCUCUCCGCAGCUCGUUAUCACCCCUACGCCAAGCCGCCCCUCUCUCACCUGCCGCCGACAGCACCUCUCCCCGCCUCAGCCCUUACCGCCGCCUCCCUCUCGGGGCUACACCCUCACCCACUCUCUGCCUAUUACAACCCCUAUUCCAUCUACGCGAGGGGGCUGGGGGCCACGACGGGGCUGCACUAGUGAGCGGACCCGCCGCCCUCACGCCCCCUGUAUGUGAGUGGGUGUGUGAGGGUGUGGCAAGGGUGUGGCCCCCUGGUGGGCCGCCACACCCUGUGAGUGAGGGAGGGGUGUUGUUCUCUCCCUCGUGUGCAGCUGUGAUGUCUCCUCUCCUUCAACAUGUACAAAUCUGUGUUUAUGUGAAUGUACAGUUUUAAGUCAUUAGGGUGACAGUGUGAUGUUUUAAGGUGGAUCAGUGUGAGAAGUGGGCGGGACUACGCCCAUGCUCGCCCGCUCCGCCCCUCAGUGUACCGUUUAUGUUGUGUGUGGCACGUUUACCUAUCUGUGAUUUCCUUUACAUGUCGAGGACAAUCAGCUAAGUUUUCUCAACAACCGUGAACUCUGAUUGUUGUUGGGAGUUCUGAUCUCAGUUGUGUCACAAAGCUGAGGCGCUGAAGGAGAACAGUUUCCGUGUCAGGGAGUACCGUCGUCGCCAAUGGCAUCCCUCCCGCAGGAUUAAGUGCGUGUUACCGUGCCGCCUCACACCUCCGCCAGGAAGUGUGUGUGUGUUACGGCCCUGCGGCAGGAGUCGACGACCCCGCGGCCUUACCAAUGCUCAUCUUGGAGGGUCGUCCGUCGUCGUGGAAGGUCGUGUUCCACCUCCCGGGAGGGCGGCCUCAGCGCCUAACUAACCCAAGCAUGCGAGGUAUCAAGCUCUUCUUUGCUCUUAGUGACGAAGUCUCUAAAAAUUGGCUGUGUAUCUCUUUUUUUAUUAUCAUCAUUAUUAUUAUUAUUUUCAUUGUGUAAUUUGCAGAGCCAUUGAUUGCCUAUUGCAUGCUUUGCUGAGAGAUCCUUGAAGAUAGACAGCCCCCCUUACUUGUUCCUAAAGCCCCCCCCCCCCCAUACCUAAUAUAAAGCCAAGCGUACAUGCUACUGUGUGUGUACCCAAGUCAUGUGUUAUGGGAUUGCUAGCUACUUAUUUGUUUGUAUAUUUAUUGUACAUCUGUAAACCAAGUUUUAGAGAGAAAUACAUUUAUUUACAGAGCGA